AUGGCUGAACGUACACCAACAGUGAUCACAGUUAAGAGACCGCUAUCGAUAAAAUUGAUUGAUUUGGGAGAUACAGAAGGUACCAUACCAGCAGAACGAAGUAACGAGAUAUGGAGACAAAAAUCAGUCACAGUUACUAGGAUCAAAUCAACCAAACAGAUUUUAAAACCAGAACAACAACAGUCAAAAGAAGGGGUCGUUUUUAACAAUGAUGCUGAAGAAUCCGAGUCAGCGCUGAGACAUAACACAAUACGUGAGUUUGAAAGGAAUAAAUCACAAGUUAUGACCAUUUCAAGAAAACAAUCAAGCCAGAAAACUAAAAAUGGUGUUCAAACUGCAGAUGCAAACUGCAACAAAGAUAUUGAUAGUCCCCCUUCCUACAAAGACAAAGGAUUACAUCCAGAAUUGAGUAGCUGGAGGUACUCAUCGGAGCCAAUAGCAAUAAAUGACAUUUUAAACUCAAUAUUAAACGAAAAACCACUUCUGACAAAAGUUCGACGACAUUUGGGAGACACACAAGGUACAAUACCAGCAGAACGAAGUAACGAAAUAUGGAGAUCAAAAUCAGUUAGAGUUACUAGGAUUCUAAUCUCGUCAUCAGAGCCAGAACAGCAACAGUCAAAAGAAGGGGCCGUUUUUGACAAUGAUUCUCACGUGUCCGAGUCAGCGUUAAGACAUAACACAAUACGUGAGUUUGAAAGGAAUAAAUCACAAGUUAUGGCCAUUACAAGAAAACAACCAAGCCAGAAAACUACCAGUAAUGAAAAUUAUUGA